AUGCCGCACAACACGCUUAUGGCUCCUGAGAAUCCGAACGGCCACGAUGGAGAAUCAGAAGGCAGUUCAGGGCCAUCGCAAGCAAUGAACAUUAUGGAACUCCCUGGGCUACAUACACCACACGCGAGAAGACCGCUUUUGAUAUGGGGCGGGAUUUCGUUACUUAUAAUUGAUCUUUGCGCACUCCCCAGUAAGUCUGAUCACUAUGGAACUCGAGAAGGUCACUUAUUGUUUGAAUUGGACUUACUUACGUUGACUUUGUGCCGUUAUAGUUGCUUAUUACUAUGCCUUUAAAUUUGGCACGAAAUUGAGCCUACAAGACAGUACGUAUUUCCACCAAGACCUUGGGACAUAUGUUAACAAAACCAUCAGUAUUUGGCAUCAUUACAGGCAUCUUUGGCUUAUUGAGCUUCGGGCAUUACUUUUUCCGUUCACUGAAGCUAUUCCGAUCAAAAGAAUCAUCAAAAUGGAGACCGGUCGGGUGGAAACGAUGGGGCAUGGUAAAAGAACACUUCCACGCUUAAGCGGUCACUAACUCAGCGCAGAUGGAAUUCCUACAUAUUAACCUUCUACUUUGUAUCACGGUGUUUGAGAUAGAGUUGGUAGUUGGUACAAUACCACAUAACCCGAUCGUUCGACUCGUCGCGAUGCCAUCUCCCACGAUUUGCUUCUAUUUUGGGUUUCUUCUUUGCGGGACUGCAGUGUUGACGCAGAUGAAAAAAACGCUGCCAUUUGACAUGUCUUCGACUCCAAAGGGGACACUAUGGCGCCCGGCCGUACUGGCUUUUAUCGAAGAUGCGGGUGGUAUUGAGGGCCGAGGAGGGGUAGAUUACAGGGCGGCGGUAAUAAAACGAUAUGAAGUCAGCCCACAAUUUCGUCGAAUGAUUUUGUUGCUCAGCUGGAUCUGGGGCUUGGGGAUGAUUUUUAUUGCGAUCGUUUCUACCAUCUUAAUCAUGCUUCUGAAAGAAGAUAUUGGGUUUGGUGUAGGCUGGGGUCUCCCAUGGGCAUUCUCAGCUGUGUAUUCUAUAAUGACGGCGGCUUUUGUGAGUUCCCAGUUGAAGAAGGAAAAGGAAGAGUGGACAGCCAAAGAAGGGGCUAGCGCGGAUCGUUCUAUGGCGCCAGUUUAGUCGAUACUUGA